AUGGCCACCUACACCCAACUGCACCACUUCGAGCUCGACCUGAGCGCCGCUUGUUACCCAAACUCGAUAUCCGGCAGACUCAACGAUGUUGUCCCGGUCCUGAAGACAAGCACAGCCUUCUUCACAUUUCUCAGAGCAAACCUCGCUCUCCAACCAUCCGCCAUGUCUAACGUCUCCACACCACUGCUUGAGCCCGUGGGCGUCAGCCAAGGCCUCGCCCCACAAUCGUCGUCGUCGCCUCUUGCAAAUCAUGUCACCCACGCGAACGAGGAAUCAGCACCAGAGCCAGAGGUCAAUCUGGAUGACAUACCACCGUUGUCCCUUGACGUUCUCACCACUCGCAACGACAGGGUUGAGGCGCUCAAGCUCGUCGCCGACUCGAUCGCCCAGCAACGCCAGCGCGCCUCUUUCGGCCUCGUCUCUCACCCCCUGCUCGUAUCCGGCCUGGUCGCAGCCCUGGGCCUCACGUACCAGGUCGCCUGGGCCAGGAAGUCUCAGCGCGAGCGCGACUUCGGCAUCGCCCUGACCCUCUUCGCGGGCGUCAUCAUGGCCUACCUGCUAGCCAUCCGCUACUUCACGUCGGGCUACAUCCAGAUCGCCGAGGGCCUGAAGUGGGAUUGGCUCGUGUCGCCCGACACGGGCGACGAGGACGUCGUGAUAGGCACCAAGUUCGGCUCCGAGAUCAUCGGGGCGCUGUUCCUGCGGCUCGAGCCGAGCCCGACGACGCCGAGGAAGAAGAGGGGCAGCCAGAACCUAAGGGGCGGCAAGGGCGUGAUCCGCGGGUGGACCACCAAGCUCCGGUACCGCGGCAAGGGCGUCGGCGCGGACAUGCUGCAGGAGGCCGUGAGGAUCACGCGGGAGAAGUGCGGCAAGGACGCCGAGAUCGGGUUUGCGGCUGAGCACGCGAACAGCCAGAUGGUGUUGCCCGAGAUGUUCAACAAGACGUUCCGGAACGGCGAGAGGAGAGCGGCCGGGGCACUGGAAAAGGCGGUCGGCGAGUGGGAAGCUGGAAGGCGGAAGAGGUGA